AGGCUUGCAAUUCUCUAAUUCAGCUGCCAGGCCCCUCCGCUCGCUCACCAAGUCCAAGUUCUUGGCCUACUGGCCAGUGACAUACCCCUCCUCCGUACCUUCUCCGUCCCCGCGCUUUAAACGCCCACCUGCCCGAGGUCAUUCCACCCCUCUAGAUCCCUAUACCGAGCAAAGAAAACCCCGUAGAGUCUCAAUUGCUCUCACAGCCUUCCCCCACCCGCUUCGAGCCGACCAAAGCCGAACUACCCGCACAUUCUGAGAUCAUACGACAUGUCUUCCACGCCAGUCAAUGGAGCCCUUCCGGUCCACAGCAAACUGCUCGAUCCCGUCAUUCGGACGCCCGACCGUCGUCCCUCGCCCUUGCCGACGCAUUUGAGUGUUCCCGGCUCCGGCCAUGCAACACCGCGCGUCAUCCCGCAGGAGGGCUCUGGAGGAUCUGGAUAUGUGGCCCCCAAGUUUGAGGGCAAGGAGAAGCAGAUGGAGGCUGUCAUGGAUGGCGUCGAGGACAAGGGAUUCAUUCCUCCCGAUUUCGUCGAAUCCGAGACGACGUGGUUCUACAAUGAGCUGGGCAUUGACGACAUGUACUUUGCCACCGAGACAGUUGAGGCGAUUGUGAACCACAUCCACUCCCUCUAUGCCGCCAAGGUGGCAGCGUACGCCCGCGACGAUAAGCGCCUGGAGAUCCGGCUGGACAAGGAGGCUACGGACCAUGCCGUGUACAUUGAUACUAGCAAGCCUGGCAUUUCUGUGGUACAAGGACCGCAAUACGAGCAGCGCAUUGACGAGAAGUACCUGAAUGGAUCGAAAGGCGCCCUCGGCUACCGCGUGGAGAGCUUCCGCUCUGCUAGUCCUCUGCCGGGAAGCGAAGAGCAGCAACUGCGAUGCUACUUCGUAUACGAGUGUGACUUCGCGGACCCAAAGCCUGGCGCGACCGAAACCAACAUCGAGAAAGUUGGAGACAAGCGCUUCCUCCAGAAGGCGACGAAGAACACGAAGCGCAUUUACCAGGAAGCUCUGGAAGUCGCUGUGGAACGGACGGGCCCGGUCAUUGAGUACUUCGAUAUCGAAGGCUCGCGCGACAAGCGUCUGGUCGUAGCGUACAAACAGGGAUCCGCCAUGGGGCUGUUCAGUGCCUUGAGUGACCUCUACCACUACUACGGUUUGACCACGUCGCGCAAAUAUGUGGAACAAUUCUCCAACGGGUACACAGCAAUGUCUCUGUACCUCAAGCAAAUCCCGGGAGCAGCGGGCUCUAAGCACCCGCCCAUUGAAGCCUCUAUUCAUCAGAUCAUCAAGGAGAUUUCCCUGUUGUACUGCAUUCCACAGAACAAGUUCCAGGCCCACUUUGCCUCGGGCCGUCUAAGCCUUCAGGAGACUAUCUACGCGCACUGCGUCUGGGUCUUCGUCUCGCACUUCCUCAAUCGUCUUGGGAACGAGUAUAACGCUUUGGCCGCUCUACUCGACCCCGAGAACAGCGCACACGCAGAGCUUCUGUCCAAGCUGAAGCGCAGGCUGCGCACGGAGACAUUCACCGCGGAUUACAUACUCGAGAUCAUAAACUCGUACCCCGAUCUGAUCCACAGCCUGUAUCUCAACUUUGCGAACACACACUAUGUCCAAACGAGGGGAGAGCAGGAUGACUUCCUUCCAACCCUGAGUUUCCUCCGUCUUCAGGUUGACAAGGUUCUCAGCGAUGAGGAACUGAAUGAUACCGUCAACAAGACCGUCGUCAACGACCACCAUCAGAUGGUGAUGAGCUCGUUCCGCAUCUUCAAUAGCUGCGUCCUCAAGACCAAUUUCUAUACCCCGACGAAGGUCGCCUUGAGCUUCCGAAUGAACCCGAACUUCCUACCUCCGUCUGAAUACCCUCAGCCCUUGUACGGCAUGUUCCUCGUGAUCAGUUCCGAAUUCCGCGGAUUCCACCUCCGCUUCCGGGACAUCGCUCGUGGCGGUAUUCGCAUUGUGAAAUCGAGGAGCCAGGAAGCCUAUGCCAUCAAUGCGCGAUCACUGUUCGACGAGAACUACAAUCUUGCCAACACUCAGCAGCGCAAGAACAAGGACAUUCCCGAAGGUGGAUCAAAGGGCGUUGUCCUGCUUGAUUACCGUCACCAGGAUAAGGCCAGGGUGGCGUUCGAGAAGUAUAUUGACAGUAUCCUCGACCUCCUGCUCCCGCCCAGCAGUCCGGGAAUCAAGGACCCGAUCGUAGAUCUGUACGGGAAAGAAGAAAUCCUGUUUAUGGGUCCUGACGAGAACACUGCUGACCUCGUGGACUGGGCGACUGAGCAUGCCAGAGGCCGCGGAGCACCAUGGUGGAAGUCGUUCUUCACAGGCAAGAGUCCCAGGCUGGGGGGCAUCCCACACGACCGAUAUGGCAUGACAACCUUGUCCGUUCGCGAAUUUGUCAAGGGUAUCUACCGCAAGUUGAACCUUGACCCCAGCAAGGUCAAGAAGCUGCAGACGGGUGGCCCUGAUGGCGACCUUGGCUCGAAUGAGAUCCUGCUCAGCAACGAGAAGUACAUCGCUAUCGUAGAUGGCUCAGGGGUCCUCGUUGACCCCCAGGGUAUCAACCACGACGAGCUCAUUCGGCUAGCCAAGGCCAGAGUGAUGAUCAACAAGUUCGACACAUCGAAACUCUCGCCGGAAGGUUACCGCGUACUCGUGGACGAGAACAACGUCAGGCUCCCGAGUGGCGAAUUGGUCUACAACGGUACGACCUUCCGCAACACCUUCCACCUUCGUGGCGGACAUCACUAUGAUACCUUCGUGCCCUGCGGCGGUCGGCCUGAGUCGAUCGAUCUCACUACUGCCAGCAAGCUCAUCGUUGACGGCAAGUCGGUGAUCCCGUACAUCGUCGAGGGCGCCAAUCUCUUCAUCACCCAAGAUGCUAAGCUUCGCUUGGAGAAGGCUGGCUGCAUCUUGUAUAAGGAUGCUUCUGCCAACAAGGGAGGUGUCACAUCUUCUUCUCUAGAAGUCCUUGCGUCCCUCUCCUUCGACGACGCGGGCUUCAUUGAGCACAUGUGCAUUCGAGAAGACGGAACUGCCCCAGAGUUCUACAACAAGUACGUCAAGCAGGUGCAGUCGAUCAUCCAGAACAACGCCAGACUUGAAUUUGAGGCUAUCUGGAGGGAACACCAAACAACUGGCGAGCCUCGGAGCACGUUGAGUGAUACGCUGAGCAUUGCAAUCACUAAGAUGCAAGAAGAGUUGCAGAACACAGAUCUGUGGGACAACAUUGGCUUCAGGAGGUCCACGUUGAGCGAGGCCUUGCCUAGCCUGCUGCUCGAACAGAUUGGCCUGGACAAGAUUAUGGAGAGAGUAAGUUAUAUCAUCUCAAUAUAGGAGUCGCUGCUAACUAGUCUAGGUGCCUGACAACUAUCUACGCGCGAUCUUCGGGAGCUAUCUUGCUAGUCGCUUUAUUUACACGUACGGCAUUUCUGCAAGCCAGUUCGCGUUCUUCGACUUCAUGAGCAAGCGCAUGGCGAGGGCUAAGGCAUGAACGAAUCUCAGUUGAUGCAGUUGUGAUCCUUCAUCCCACAGGGCGUGGCUCGGAAGUUCAGACUACGAACGGUUUGUGGGGCUAUUUCGGCGUUUGGCAGGAGUUCAAAAGUUCGACAAAAGUACAGCUGUUCACACACGAAGGAAGGGCCCAACAGCCUUCAACAUGCCUUACGGCGGUUAUGCCUGCCUUUGGGACCGCAUCUAAGAAUAGCGGGCACCCCGGAUCCUGAUGCGGGUGAGAGCAGGCUGGGCGGCUUUUCAUGUCGACGGCGCAGAUAGAUGCAAACCAACCAAUUUAUUCUCCCAAGUGGUGUGGCCUCGCAUGAUGGCG